AUGGCGACUAUGCAUGAUGAUGAUGAGCGGCUGCUAGCUCAGAUUGGCUACGAGCAGAAAUUCACCCGCCACUUCACGAAGUACUCCACGCUCUCCUAUGCCAUAUCGGUGCUGGGAGUCCUGGGCUCGGUCCCUGCGACUUUUGGUAGCCCGCUGAGUCUCGGCGGACCGGCUGCGGCGGUGUGGGCUUGGGCGUUUGGGUCCUUGAUGGCUCAGUGCAUUUCUAUGUCUGUUGCGGAGCUGGUCUCUGCGUACCCCACGGCGGGGGGGAUGUAUUUCGUCACCAAGAACGUGAUUCCGCCGAAGCACUCGGCGCUCUGGUCGUGGGUUAUCGGAUGGUGUAAUUUCCUGGGCCAAACGGCUGGAGUUGCUAGUGUGGCGUAUACUGUCGCCCAACAGAUCCUCGCGGCGGUUAGCAUGAACUCUCACUUCGAUGGAGAGGCAUAUGCAUUCUCACCCUCCGCCCUCCAAACUGUCCUACUCUCCAUGGCCAUCCUCGUCAUCACCGGCAUAAUCUGCUCCCUCAGCACGCGAAACCUGCACAAAAUCAUCCUCUGGUUCGCACCCAUCAACGUCAUCGCAUCCAUCUCGAUCUGCAUCGCCCUCCUUGUCCUAACACCCAACCUCCAACCCGCAAGCUGGGUUUUCGGGCACUUCACCGAUGGCUCCGGAUGGGGAACCCCCUUCUCCUUUUUUCUGAGUUUCUUGUCCGUCGCAUGGGUCAUGACCGACUACGACGGGACGACUCAUAUGUCCGAGGAAACGCAUGACGCCGCUAUCCGAGGACCCCAGGCUAUUCGAUGGGCUGUCACUAUAUCGGGAUUGGUCGGGUGGAUGAUCACAGUCACCCUCUGCUUCUGCACCACCGAUCUCAACGCCAUAAUUAACUCUCCCACCGGGAUGCCCGCUGCCCAGAUCUUCCUCAACGCUGGCGGCAAAACGGGGGGUACGGCAAUGUGGUUCUUUGUCAUCCUCGUCCAGUUCUUCACAGGCUGCUCGGCUAUGUUGGCAGAUACACGCAUGGCGUUCGCCUUUGCCCGCGACAACGCCCUCCCCUUCUCCACCUUCUGGUCCACCGUCAACCCCCGCACCAACACCCCCAUCAACGCCGUCUGGCUCGUCGUCGCCUUCGCCAUCGUGCUAAACUGCAUCGGCAUCGGCAGCACCGAGACCAUCGUCGCAAUCUUCAACAUCACGGCCCCGGCUUUAGACCUCUCCUACGUCGCCGUCAUCCUCGCUCGCAACAUCUACAGUUCCCAAAUCGAUUUCCGCCCCGGCCCAUACGUGCUUGGGUGGAUGCGCAAGCCGCUGAAUGGGAUUGCGGUGACGUGGGUCGUCUUUAUUAGUGUGGUGUUGCUGUUCCCGACGAUUAGGCCGGUGACGGCGGAGAAUAUGAAUUAUGCGAGUGUGGUGGGGGCGGCGAUUGCGUUGUUUGCUUGGGGGUGGUGGUGGGCGGGUGCGAGGAACAUGUACUCCGGUCCGAUUACGAAGGAUAUACUCGAGGUUAUCGCUACAGAGGAUGGGCUGGAUGAUCAUAUCAAUGAGGAUUAUAAUACCACUGACUACGGCGUGCCACGUGUGCCAGACCAGCAUGGGAUAUUUUGA